ACCACCUCAGUAUUCACACAGCUAUGGACUUCUUCGUCGCCCUCCUCUGCGUCUUCAUUCUAUCUCUCUCACUCUCUCUCCACCUGCUUUUCUACAAGCAGAAGUCUGGCGUCCCGCUCCCGGCCGGCUCCAGCGGCUGGCCUAUGGCCGGCGAGAGCCUCCAGUUCUUGGCAACCGGCUGGAAGGGCCAGCCGGAGAAGUUCAUCUUCGACCGCAUCGCCAAGUACUCCUCCAACGUCUUCCGGACCCACCUCUUCGGCUCGCCGACGGUGGUACUCUGCGGCCCCGCAUGCAACAAGUUCUUGUUCUCCAACGAGAACAAGCUCGUCCAAGCAUGGUGGCCCAGCGCCGUCGACAGAGUCUUCCCAUCUUCCACCCAGACCUCGUCCAAACAGGAAGCCAUCAUCCUUAGAAAAAUGCUCCCGGACUUUCUCAAGCCCGAGGCGUUGCAACGGUACAUCGGCACGAUGGAUAGCAUCGCGCAACGACACUUCGCCACCGACUGGGAGAACAAAGGCCAAGUGAUCGUCUACCACCUCACCAAGCGCUACACAUUUUGGCUGGCCUGCCGGCUGUUCGUGAGCGUGGACGAUCCCGAUCACGUCGCUAAAUUCGCCGACCCUUUCAAACUCUUGAUUCCGGGGAUCUUGUCGGUGCCGAUUGACUUGCCGGGGACGCCGCUGAACAAGGCGGUGAAGGCGUCGAACUUCAUAAGGAAGGAGCUGGCGGCGAUCAUCCGGCAGCGGAAGGUGGACCUGGCGGAGGGGAAGGCGUCGCCUACGCAGGAUAUAUUGUCUCAUAUGCUGUUGACCAGUGGACCAAACGGGAAGUUCUUGAACGAGCUGGAUGUUGCCGACAAGAUUCUCGGUCUAUUGAUCGGCGGUCAUGACACCGCCAGCUCGGCCUGCGCCUCCAUCGUCAAGUAUCUCGCUGAGUUGCCGGAUGUUUAUGAAGGCGUCUACAAUGAGCAAGUGGAGAUAGCAAAAUCCAAAGCUCCAGGGGAACUGUUGGACUGGGAUGACAUUCAAAAGAUGAGAUAUUCAUGGAACGUAGCCUGUGAAGUGAUGAGGCUGGCUCCUCCUGUCCAAGGAGCUUUCAGAGAAGCCCUUACAGACUUCAUGUACAACGGUUUCUCAAUCCCAAAAGGAUGGAAGAUAUACUGGAGCGCAAAUUCGACCCAUAAGAACCAUGAAUACUUUCCAAACCCAGAGAAAUUCGAUCCUUCGAGAUUCGAGGGAUUUGGACCCGCUCCGUACACCUUUACACCUUUUGGGGGAGGACCCAGGAUGUGUCCCGGAAAAGAGUACGCUCGAUUAGAAAUACUAGUGUUCAUGCACCAUCUCGUGAGGAGGUUCAAGUGGGAGAAGGUGAAUCCCCACGAGAAGAUUGUGGUCAACCCCUUGCCCCAACCUGAAAAUGGGCUUCCAAUUCGCUUGUUCUCUCGCCACCAAUCCUCGACCAGCGACCAGGGCGUUGCAUUCGUUCAUCAUCGAGCACCCCAGCUUUGACAAUUGGAUACCUAACUACCUACUUACGUGAACGUACGUACGUGUGAAAGAUGUGACAAUGAAUGAAUAAUAAGAAGAAUGUGCUGAUUUUGUGUGGUGUUAAUCUCCUCCGGCAACCCAGCUUUGACAUUUGGAAGGAAAAGCCAAAACCAAAACCAAAUCCAAAGUACGGAUGGAAAAUUGCCUGCAAAAUGAUGGGGUGGAGUUCAAUUUGGCAUUUUCAUUUGGUUAGUAGCCACUACUGUAACAACAAUAUUAAUUGUCAAACUUGGCACAAUAUAUAUAUAUAUAUAUAUAUUACGUGUUGAAUAAUAACAAUUUUGUUUGAAA